CCCACCCACGUCGGAAGGUGUAAGGUGUAAGGGUGGGAUAUAAACAAGGGCACGCGACUGUGGCGUCCAGUCGGCACAGACGCACACCGCCGCUGGUCGUGCUGGGACCGCUCACCGCACACACCGGGAACAGAAAAAAUGUCCAGCCGAAGCGGUGUGGGAUACAGCGCAGUGAUGGUGCUGCUGGUGGCACUGGGGGCCGCAGUCGAGGUCUACGACGAGCCGACGCCAGGGGAUGUCGAUAUCGACAUGGCUUACCAGGAAGACAACGAUAUAGACACGGGACCUAUCGUUGAGAAGUUGCAUGAUCGUCCACUGAUCAGCGCGAAGGAUGUACUGAUGUACCAACUCCUCAGGGAGCUGCAGGGGAGGGAUGCGCGUUCCAGGCUACUCUACAGAACGAAUUGGCACAAAGACAAGAAUGCUGUAAGCCAAGGUAGGAAUGUGCCGAUUUCAUUGAGCAAUAAGGAUCCUGUUCACAAGAGAUUGACGAGCAUUUUGGGAAGGUUCAGCGAGGAGAACAAGAACCCAGAGUCCACGAGGCCGCAGCAGAAAUGGAAAAUCAAAAAGGGGAAAGCUAUUGGUUCACAAAUGGUUUGCUACUUCAAGCUAUGCGCCUUCCGGUCGCCGGCCUAAACCGAAUAGUCCAUUCGACUGGCAAAAGGGAUCCACGAUUGUACAAAACUUUUAAACAUCUAAUAAUAAAAUAAUGUGUUUGUCGUCUGUACAUUUAAAUUAUUAAUAGAUUGUUAACGUGCGCGAAUAACUCCCGUUCACAAAUGUGUCCUAACUGAAUAAGUAGUUAAAUUUAACGUUACUUUUAUUACUUAUCUAUUUUUUGUAAUGAUAAGGUUAUUUUUCAAUAAAUUAAUAAUAUCAUU